GGGCUGGACGAAGGAAGGAGGUUCCCGUGUCCACCUGAGCGGCGGACUCGGUGCCGAGCCCGACUCGGGCGAGUUAGGUAACAGCCGCGAAGAAGGCAAGACAAGCCGUCCGAGUCAGUCAGUCAGUCAGUCAGAGUCAGUCUCGCCGAGGUACCCGCGGCGAAAACAUCGACACGAGCACAGCCGAACUCGGGCGUCUGAUAUGGGAUGCGGAGGGUCGAGCGGUGGACCGAAAGAAGAGGCAAUUGUUUGCGAAACGGUGACGUGACGGCGUGAGUCUGUGAGUGCACCGACCUGACAGAAAGAGACAGAGACGAGUCGCGAUGUCGAGCGCGAUGCGGCUUCUCCUCGGGAGCAUCAUCUGCCUCUUGUCGGCAGCUAGCGCGAGGACCGCGAUAAUGCCGCCGCCCUGGGCCGACCCGUCGAGCAACCCUUGCGCCGCGCAACCACGUGGCUGGCAGCUGCUAUAUUGGCCGGCCGACGGCAAGUGCUACAAGAUAUUCCAGAUUGGCGCUCCUUGCCCGGAAACGAUGGAGCUGGGUCCCGCGGCCGGAGGCGGUGGGACGAUUGCGGAAUGCAGGUGUCCUCCGGGGACCGCGCAGUCACCCCGGGACGCCCUGUGCCAUUCGAUAUUCACGAGAGCGUCCUGCGCGAAGGGUCAGUUCUUCGCGCCGGUGCCGGACGCGCCUGGCAGAUUAGGAUCGAGAUGGCGGUGGGGAGUCUGCCGCGACCCCGAGCCUUGCGGUGAGCAAAAUGAGAUUUACUGGCCCAAGGACGACAAAUGCUACCCGAAGCUCAGCAGAGGACCUUGCCCACGCGGAGAACUCCUCGUCACCGGCGAAGACGGCUUAGCGACCUGUUCAUGCUCGACGAACGGCGAGCUGGGCAGAUACCAUUGGCUGGGAAACGGCGGCGGCUGUCACGAACACUACACGAAGGGCCCGUGCUCGGAGCCGGGAGAGCUGUUUCUCCCGGGCGGGACGUGCGGCUGCCACUCUCAACUACCUCAUUAUCAUGAACCAAGCGGAAUGUGCUACCAGCUAGGUGGCGUUGGCCCAUGUCCACAGGGACAUCACUUCGUGGUCACCAUGGAUGCUCAGUCGAGCACGCAGGAGGAUGUGGUGCGUGCAGAAUGCGUCUGCAAGCCGGGCCACGCGUUGUAUAGAAACGGGUUCUGCUACAGACUGCACACAAGAGGACCCUGCGAAAACGGCUACAUGCUGAUCAACUCAUCCACCUGCGUGCCGGUACCAUGCAAACGUGGCAGACUAUAUUUCCCGCAAGAGAGAACUUGCUACAAGAUCGGCACGAGAGGACCGUGUCCAAACGGACAGAUUGUGCUGUACGACCACAACGUGAGGCCGUCUCUCGACGGGAUCAGCUACAACGGAGUGUGCGGCUGUACCAACGUCAUGAGGAACGCCGGUAGAUGCAUAGAGGAUGAAAGUGACGACUGCGAGAGCACGCCCGGCAUGGUGAUGUUCAACCAGACUUGCUACAAACUGUACACUCAGGGCCCCUGCACCGCGGGCGAGUGGUUAGUCGCGCAGAGAACGCCGAAGAACCGGCUCUGGCAAAAGGAAGAGCCACGGCCGAAGGCUAGGUGCGAAUGUCGACCUGGUUACAAGAAAGUCGCCAACACGGAGGCGUCGGAGGAGCUGGAGAGUAACAGUCUGAUCUCGCCGAACGGCUGCCAGCCGCCCGUGGUGAGCUUGGCGAAGUUUCUCAACGAGAACGUCAAGUCGACGGUGAUCUGAAGCAAUUCAACGGACCGGUUGCGCUUAGCAUAGGAUGUUGGACAUUUGUCAUCUCAUGUUUCACACGAUGUACACUUGUUUCGUUCUCGCAUUUCCACGUGACAAGCGUGUAUAAUGUGUUCGAAUGGCGAUUGAAUCGCAAGACCUGCCGGUAACGGACUCAAUCUCGUACAUAACGUCGUUGGGAUUACUGUUUUAAAUUUGAUUAUCGCGCUCUUGCUUAAGCGAUGGCGGUAUUCACAGUCGGAUAUUAUAUUCAAGACUGUCUGAAAUUUCUUCAGAUACUUCGUAGCCAAUAAAGUCCUACAGCAUCUGAAGACGAACUUAAGACGGACUUGAACACAUAGAGAAUCCGAUUAUAAAAUACGCUCUGAGAUAGUUAUUUAUUAACUUAUUAAGUAACUCAGUGAAACCUGAAGUCUCCCGAGAGACGCGUGCCACUUAUCUUUUACGAGUCACCGUGCGUUGUCGAUAUAGCAGACGUGCUUACU